CCGCAUCCGUGCGGGGGAGCGGACGGUCCGGUGCUGAAUGGGCGCGAGCUCGGCGCCGGGGACGGGCGGGGGCGCGGGGCCCGGGACUGGCGGCCGGCCGGCGCCCCCUCCCUAGCAUGCGGACGAAGGCGGCGGGCGGCGCGGAGCGGCGUCCCCUGCAGCUGCGAACAGACUCAGUGGCGGCGGCACCUGCCGGCCGAGCAAUGCCCAGUGAGUAUAAGUGUGUGAAACUGAGAAGUGAUCGCUCGAGACCCUCUCUGCAAUGGUACACCCGAGCUCAGAACAAGAUGAGAAGACCCAACUUGAUACUUAAAGACAUCCUCAAGUGUACCUUGCUCGUGUUUGGAGUGUGGAUCCUUUAUAUUCUCAAGUUAAAUUAUACUACUGAAGAAUGUGACAUGAAAAAAAUGCAUUAUGUGGACCCGGACCGUGUAAAGAGAGCUCAGAAGUACGCUCAGCAAGUCUUGCGAAAGGAGUGCCGACCCAAGUUCGCGAAGAAGUCCAUGGCCCGGUUGUUUGAGCACAGGUACAGCCCGGACUUACCGCCUUUCGUGAAGGAGGCCCCCAAGGUGAACGAAGCCGAGUACAAGUAUGACCCGCCUUUUGGUUUCCGGAAGUUCUCCAGUCAAGUCCAGACCCUCUUGGAGAUACUGCCUGAGCAUGACCUGCCUGAACACUUGCGAGCCAAGAGCUGUAGGCGUUGUGUGGUUAUUGGAAGUGGCGGAAUCCUCCACGGACUAGCGCUGGGCCACGCCCUGAACCAGUUCGAUGUUGUGAUAAGGUUAAACAGUGCACCAGUUGAAGGAUAUUCGGAGCAUGUUGGUAAUAAAACUACCAUCAGGAUGACUUAUCCAGAGGGUGCGCCACUGUCUGACCUUGAAUAUUAUUCCAAUGACUUGUUUGUUGCUGUUUUAUUUAAGAGUGUUGACUUCAGCUGGCUUCAAGCAAUGGUAAAAAACGAAACCCUGCCAUUUUGGGUGCGGCUCUUCUUUUGGAAGCAGGUGGCGGAAAAAAUCCCACUACAGCCGAAACACUUCAGGAUUUUGAAUCCAGUUAUUAUCAAAGAGACUGCCUUUGACAUCCUUCAGUACUCGGAGCCCCAGUCAAGGUUCUGGGGCCGAGAUAAGAAUGUGCCCACCAUUGGUGUCAUUGCUGUCAUCCUAGCCACGCACCUGUGUGACGAAGUCAGCUUGGCAGGCUUUGGAUAUGACCUCAAUCAACCCAAAACACCUUUGCACUACUUCGACAAUCUCUGCAUGGCUGCCAUGAACUUUCAAACUAUGCAUAAUGUGACAACAGAGACCAGAUUCCUCGUCAGGCUGGUCAAAGAGGGUGUGGUGGAGGACCUCAGUGGAGGCAUCCAUUGUGAAUUCUGAGCACAAACAAACCUCAUUCGACAAUGCAGCUCCGACUCUGAGGGCUGGUUUUUCAGAGCCUUCUCCAUGACUGCAUCCUGCAAAUCCUUUGAAGUGCAGUUGGUGUUUUUAACUUUUAAUUUAAAAAAAAAAAAAAAAUGAUAAGUUUCACUCUUCCCACUCUGUCCCCACUAUUUAUUUGAGGUCAGUGUUUUUGCACAACAUUUUGUAAGAUAAUUUUGAGAACUGACUUGGAAAGACUUUUCAAAGAGACUUGUAUGUAAUGAUGUUUUAUUGUGUUUAAGAACGUUAUUUAAUUUGUAAAAACUCUGUCUGUGUCUACUGCACAUAGAAUGCCUGGUAACUGAGUGGAAGGAGAAUGGAGGUCACUCCUUCCUUGAGAGCCCUGAAUGCCAGAUUCUGGUUCCCUGUCACUUUUUGGCGGGACACAUGUCUGAGGCGCUUCCGGGAUGACGUGCUCAGUAACUAAACCAUGGGUACUAGGUCAGCCGUGCUGCUGCGUGAGGCCUGGGCAGGUCGGAGAAGUUCCCGGCCCCUCUCUGUCGGUCAGCCUUCUGCCAGAAGACUUGUUGCCGUCCACCAGAGGAUCUGUCCCUGGCCAGAGAGGGACACAGAAGAUAUUUUCUGUAUCUUCAGAAUAUACAAAGCCACCCUGGGCUGCAGAAGCAACUCUCUCCCCUGAAAUGAUGACAGCUCUUGAAUUUCCCGAGAGGUUUUUUUGUUUUUUGGGGUUUUUUUACUGCCCUUCCAAAGCACUUAAAUUAGUCGGUGGCUUAUAAAAUUUAGCACACAAUCUCUGUCCUCCAGAGUUGUAGAAGGAUAAACCUUUCCAAGAAUAGUCACAUUUUCUGAAACACUGAAAUAAAAUCCUCCCAGUGUUAUAAAUUGCCUAUUAAAAAAAAAAAAAAGUUUUUUUUUAAAUGCCUACCUGGCGGUGUGUACCAGGUAGUGUGCAGGUCAAAAAAAAAAAAAAAAAAAUAGAAUAAAAGCUUUUGAGGAGC